AUGACAUGCCGACCCGUUAGCUUCCAUAAUAUGUUAUUUAUAAGAUGGUUCAUUAUCUUGUUCCUCAGCUGCAUGACCAUAAGAGUAAACUUUUGCUUUUCCAACAAUCCUUCUUCGUUGAAAACACUUUCUGUGGACGGCCAUUUCGUCUUUGAUGAUGUCCACCACGCAUCAAAAGACUUUGGAAAUAGGUUUCGGUUUUUCCCCGUUGCAGUACUUCAUCCAAGGUCAGUUUCCGAUAUUGCUGCAACUAUCAGACAUAUUUGGCAGAUGGGUUCUCAUUCAGAGCUCACCAUCGCAGCAAGAGGCCAUGGUCACUCACUCCAGGGUCAGGCACAAGCGCAUCGAGGAGUUGUUGUCCACAUGGAAUCUCUCCAGGGCUCUAAAAUGCAAGUUCAUGGUGGAAAACGUCCAUACGUGGAUGCCUCUGGCGGCGAGUUAUGGAUAAAUAUCUUGCGUGAAAGCCUGAAACACGGAUUAACACCAAAAUCAUGGACAGACUACCUACAUCUAACUGUCGGUGGCACCUUGUCCAAUGCCGGUGUUAGUGGGCAGGCAUUUCAGCAUGGCCCCCAGAUAAGUAAUGUCCAUCAGCUCGAAGUCGUUACAGGAAAAGGCGAGAUUGUGAAUUGCUCAGAGAAGCAGAAUGGGGACCUAUUCCACAGCGUCCUGGGAGGACUCGGCCAGUUUGGUAUCAUAACGAGGGCAAGAAUAUCCCUGGAACCAGCACCAGAUAUGGUGAAAUGGAUUAGAGUUCUUUACUCGGACUUCAACACAUUUACCAGAGACCAGGAGCAUUUAAUAUCAGCGCAAAACACUUUCGACUACCUUGAAGGAUUUGUCAUAAUAAAUAGAACUGGUCUGUUAAAUAACUGGAGGUCAUCCUUUAACCCUCAAGAUCCAGUACAAGCAAGCCAGUUCGAAUCAGAUGGAAAAACUCUAUUUUGCUUAGAAUUGGCCAAAUACUUCAAGACGGACAAGAAAGACAGAGCAAACGAGGAGAUAGUGAAGUUGCUGUCUCAAUUGAGAUAUAUCCCAUCAACACUUUUCCUAUCAGAAGUUCCAUACAUUGAAUUCUUGGAUAGAGUUCAUGUGUCUGAGGUCAAACUAAGGUCCAAAGGCUUGUGGGAAGUUCCACAUCCAUGGCUAAAUCUUCUUAUCCCGAAAAGCAAAAUACACGAUUUUGCUGAAGAAGUAUUUGGCAAUAUCCUUACAGACACCAGCAAUGGGCCCAUCCUCAUCUACCCUGUCAACAAAUCAAAGUGGGACAACAGAACUUCUGUUGUUAUUCCAGAAGAGGAUACUUUCUACUUGGUGGCAUUCCUGUCCUCUGCCGUUCCAUCUUCCACAGGAAAGGAUGGUUUAGAACAUAUCUUAAGUCAGAACAGGAGAAUUCUAGAGUUUUGUGAUACAGCUCGUCUUGGUGUCAAGCAAUAUCUGCCCCACUACACUACCCAGCAAGAGUGGAAAACCCACUUUGGCCCACAAUGGGAUGUUUUUGUCCAAAGGAAAUCUUCUUAUGACCCUUUAGCAAUACUGGCACCUGGCCACAGAAUAUUUCAAAAGGCAAUACCUUUCUCAUGACACUGGUGAAAUUACCAAUUAUACCCAUUCAUCGAGUUGGAAGAUGCCUUAACCCCUAUGUGAAUAGAUCAUAUUUUCCUAUUUCCCAUCAUACAUACUGCAACCAUAACAAUACAGCCAGUGAAGCUAGUUGAAUUUUUUGUCAAAAAGUCGAAUACUUUCAUGUAUUUAUUACAGUGAAAAAAGGCAGCAAAGAGUAGUGCUAAAAAUGUUUAAUAUAGUGAUUAUGUAAAAAUAUAUUAAUUUCCAUUAUCACAAAUACUUUCCUUUUUUUGAUUAGAA